CCAGUGUUUACUUCUGACACCAUUGACAAGGUAAAACAGUUUGGUGAAAUCGAUAAAGCAGUUGAUAUAUAUGUUAAUGUGUAUAGUAUUCCAAAAUUCAACAGUUUUAUAUGGUCUCGUGAUGGAACACCAAUAACACAAAAUUCAGCAAAAUAUGAAACAUCAAGUUCUCCUACUAUUGUUAAGGAUAUGAUUCAUGGGAAGGAAGUACAACUGGAUGGUUAUAAUAUUACACUGACCAUACGUGAAGUGAAAGUAGAGGACUUUGCUAAUUAUACUGUAACACUUAAAAGUGGAAACUUUAUAGAAGUACAAUACUCUAUUGUAUUAGAAUCUGCCAGUGUACCAGAAACUCCAGGUAAUUUUAGCAAGAAAGCAUCAUCAGCUACAAGUAUAACAGUGCAAUGGGAUCCGAAAUCGGGUGGUGGAUAUAAACAAAUAUUUUAUAUACAGUACAGAGUCCAAGGAACAUUGCAGUGGGCAAAUGUAUCAGCUGGUGAGGAAAAUAUAAGCCAAAAAAAGAGACGAAGAACAUAUGAAGUAAAAAACUUACAGGAAAAGGAAGCCUAUGAACUGAGAAUGUUUGCUGAAAAUACAGCAAUGAAAAGAAGUAAUGUCACAGAAGUGUUGAUUGCCUUUACUGAAAGUUCAGGACCAGGACCCUCGGUUGCAGCUGUCAUAGGAGGUAUAGCUGGAGGUUUGCUAGCAAUCAUCAUUGUACUGCUGGUAAUAUGUUUUGUUCAAAAGAAAAGAAAAGAAAGUGGUACCCCUAGCCCAAAAUUGAGAGCAAGUUCAGAAUCAGAAGAAGAAGAUGGAUUGAAAGAUAAUAUACUGUAUGAGUCAUCACAGCCUGAUGGCUUGAAAAAAAAUUGUUUAUACCAGUCGGCAGGACCUAAUGUAGAAAGUCAGAAGAAACCCCUAUCUUCCAGUGAAUAUGCUAUGGUCCAAAAACCAAAUGCUAUAUAUGCUGAAGUUAAUAAAGUGGCUCAACCUAAGGAUGGCAAGAAAAAGAAACAAAAAGAUAAGAAAGAAAAACCAAAGAAAGCUAGAAAAGUAAAGACUAAAGCUGUGAAUAAUAACCCUGAUGAUGAAUAUGCCAAUUCAGGUCUACAACUGAAAAACUUGAAUGAAGAAGAAUAUGCAAAUUCUACAGACACACAGGGAACCUCUGGCCAUAAUACAAGUGCACAAGGACUUGAAUAUGCAGACCUAACCUUUAGCCAAAUUGCAACAAAGAAUAAAAAACAGGUAAUCCAUGGAAAUGAUGAAAGAACCAUCUAUGCUGAUGUUGACCACACCAAGAAAGCUCCACUCCCACCACCAGAAAGCGAAUAUGAGGAGACAAACAUCAAACAUGGCAAAAUGGCACAGUAAAUGUGGAUGUAUGCUU